CACGGUCCUUGACGUGUCAUCAUUUUAAAGAAGACACAAAAAAUGGGCUCACAACCGCUCGAAUUCAUUCGACAAGUCCUUUUAUUGGUUUUUACGCCCCACUGUUACGAUAAUUAUUUCAUUCAUUUGAAUUUUUUCGAUGGGCCGUGUUUUUCUUCAACUUUGAGCAAAUGCCUAGGUCUAGGCAUAAUUAUGGGCUCACUUUUGGUAAAACUGCCCCAAAUCAUCAAAAUUUACAAGAAUAAAAGCGGGGAGGGCAUCAGUUUGCUCAGUGUUACUUUGGACUUGACUGCAAUAACGAUUUACGCAUCUUAUAGUUUCCUCAAACAGUUCCCGUUCAGUGCGUGGGGCGAUGCCGCCUUUCUUGCGAUACAGACAGUCCUUGUUGGGGUUUUGGUGCUCCAUUAUGGGGGUUCUAGCUCAAAAGCACUUCUAUAUUUAGUUGCUUAUUUGUUAGUCAAUUUCAUUCUAAUGAGUGGCUUGACCCCUAUCAGUGUCUUAUGGACAUUGCAAGGUUUUAACAUUUUCAUUGUUGUUAGCGGGAAGUUGACACAAGCUUAUAGUAAUUACAAAAAUGGAACUACAGGUCAAUUGUCAGCGGCUACUUUGAUUAUGUUAUUUAUGGGGUCUCUAGCCAGGAUUUUCACCUCGAUUCAGGAGACGGGGGACAAGAUGGUCAUUCUGACCUAUAUUGCUAGCACUCUUGCCAAUGGGGUGCUGGUAGCGCAGUUGCUCUAUUACUGGAACGUAACACCACAAAAAGAAAAGGCUCACUAGGGAUUUAGGGAUUAAAAAAAUGUGCAUAAGUUUCAAUUUUUAGUGUAAAAUAUCACCAGUUGAUGAGACUGUUAAAUUCGUGUACAAAUGUUGCAGUUUAUCAUUCCCUGUUAACGUGUAAGUCUUUGAUUAUUAAACGACUGUUUGGGAAAAAUAAAAAUGGUAAUUAAACAGAA